GAUUGACAGUAAGUUGCAACUUCAGUUGAUUCAUUUGGAGAAAACUUUAAUAAAAGUCAACUUUUUUUACAGGUCAGCUGCAGCGUCGUCACUCAGAAGAACAAUAACAAACUUCAAGAUAGCUAGCUAGCUAAAUAGCUGGCAGUCAAAGGUGUAUUAAUACAAGUUAGCUAAUGUUGAAUGUCAUCGGCUCUACGUUUCCACACGACGGUGGAGUUUAAACUGGUGAUUUUUCCCCAUCGGACAAGUUUCAGCGAUGCCAGACGUUGAACCGCUUAGAUUCCCAUCAAGGGAAGGACGACCUAGUCAGCAAGAUCAAGCAGAUCUUCAAGCGGUCUGCUCUGGUAGACGUCGCACUUGUGCAUUGCUCAACAGUCCCUCGCCAUGUGUCAACAAUGCCAUUUACCAUAUCCAAGAGCUGAAGAUGACAGUGGAAAAUUGGUGUCAACAGCCUGGAAAAUAUCAGCCACUGAUCAAUCAGGACAAGCACCAAUACCGUAAAACUUUAAGAUAUCAGCCCAGAGACUCAGAUACUGAAUCAGUGACGUCUACGGAGUUGUUCGUCGAAGGCAUCGCAAUUAGUGCAAGCGAAAGUUGUCCUUUAUCGCCACUAUUGAAGAAGAUAAAUGAAGUCCUUGGAGAGGUUUUGUAUCUGAUUGAGCGGCUGGAGGCUGAUCGGCAGUAUGCAGAGGAAGCUCUCCACAAAGAGAAGAGAAGAAAAAGAUUUUUGGAGAACAAAGUUGACAGUAUUUCACUGUGGAAGCAACAAGAGCACUCUUUUGUAGUCCAAAAAGAGCACGAAGCUUGCAUUAGAGACAUCACUGAACUAAAGUGGCAGCUCAAACUGGAAAGAGAGAAACUUGACCAAGCCCAGGAGAAACUUUCACACACUGAAGUGUUGAACCAGACCUUACAUGAGGACAUUAACUUUGCCAAAAAACAAAUUCCCAUUGUGAAUGAAAACCUGGCCCUCCAGAGAGGCAUCAUAAAUCAAAUCAACACUGCACAAGCUGAGGCUGAUGAAGUAUACUCAAAAACAAAAAGUGAUUUCAAACUGGUUCAGAAUGAGUUUAAAAAGAUGGAGCUGGAGACCAAAAAGGAAAAGAUAUCACUGGAUUAUGCACUGUUGGCGGCGAAGACUCUGCUGGCUAACAGAUUGGAAGAAUUAAACCAGUUGAAGAAGCUUGAGGAAGGUCUAUUUGCUGAAAUAAAGGAUGCUGAAAAGACGGUUGCUCUUACAGAAGAAAGGUGCGCGGCCACAACACAACGUAUCCCUGAAAUGAUUGAGCUCGAAGAAACUCAAAACGCCCGGAUUUUGCAAUUGAAACUUCAAAUUGAGGAUGAAAUGCGAAAGAUUAAGAAAUUAAAAGAGAAACUGAUUGCACAGCAAGAAGACAUUGAGAAAACUAGACUUCAUGGGGAAGCAGAGGUUUCCUGCGUAGAAGAGCAGCUCCGUUCAAAGCGUAAUGCUUAUGCAGCUCUUCGUAAAGAAAACAUGGAGUAUGAACAGAAUGUAGAAGACCACAAGAUAAAAAUGUCUGAGAGCAAGAAGGCAGUGAAGCAGAUGCAUGAGGAGAGGAAGCAGAUGCUCCAGAAAAUCAUUGACAAUGACGAGCAGUGGGAAAAGGCCGAGGAGGAAGUGACCCAAGUUGUAGCCAGGCACAGUGUCACCCAGACUAAACUGGAAGAGCAGGAACAGCUCACCUUCAUGGAAGAACAGAGAGCCAGGAAAGAGAUUGAAACCCUGAGGAAAGAUCUGACAGGUCAGAUGACUGCCCUGGAACUACUGAAGGGUCAGUGUGCAAAUAAAAAUGAAGAAUUGUUUCGACAGCAAAGGAGCUCAGAGCUAACUAACCAAACACUUCAGAAAGAAUUUGAAGAUGCAUCCACAGCAACUAAGGAAUUGGAGACACAAAUUGAGAAAAUCAAGAAAUUGAACGAAGAUUUGGAAAAGAUUCAGCGUGAACACGGAAACACAUUAGUCAACCUUGAGAAGGAGAAAAAACUCAAAUGUGACCACCUGAAAGCUGCUCAGGAUUUACACACUGCCACUGUAAAGAGAUAUGACAACACCCUGGCCAGGAUCAGUGGCCUUACAAAGAAGAGCGAAGAAUACCAGGUUGCUUCAGAUAAAAUGGAAAAAAUAGUUGAAAGCAUGCCAGAAGCCAUAGCAGAACUUCAAAGUGUUUUUGAUGUGGUGGAAUUCAAAAACAAAUCAGCUGCUCUUAUAAUGAGCACCUUGCAGUCUGAUAUUAAUAACUGCCAACUACGAACACAGCGAUCCAUGCAGACACACACUGCUCAUCUUACAGCGAGAAAAAAGGAAAUGGAAGACACCAAGGAAGCAUUACAAAUUUCACUGAAGGAGAACAAACAGCUGGCAAGCGACUACGAAGAUCUUAAGAAGAUCCUCAUGGAGGCCAAACAAGAGGCAGUGUCUGCAUUGAGCAAGAAUAACCAUACACAUAAAUCUUUUCAUUAUUACACACAGCUCUCUUUGUUGCAGAAGAGGAUGCACAAAGCUUUGGUGAAAUACUUCAAACAACGCAGCCUCUACAGCCAGGCUGAACUGGACCGAUGCCAGGCUCUUUCUCAUGAGACCGACCAGAAAAUAAAAACAGCCCAGGAGGGGUUGUCAGCAGAAAUUCAGCUCAUCUGUGCAUUCCUGCAAUCCUUGACAGAUGACUCUACUACCAUUGAAGAUGCCGGGGUGAACAAACAAGUCAGUCCAGGAUCGAAUGAGUAGAUGCCUUCAGUUCAAAAAGCAGUGUAAUUGGACAUUCACCUGUACCAGACAACUUACUUACCCUAGCACGCUUCACUAUCCCCCCCCUCUUUACUUGCAGCGAAUCCAUAACAAUGAAACAGGUGACUUUCAUGCUGCUGUCAGGACUGAUCUAAUUUUAGCUGGGUGAAUGAUUGCAAUUGGCUUUGCCUCAUCAGAUAAUUAAUCUAUGUCACCAUUAAUUGGAAAAGAGAAUAAUUACAGGCAGUGUUGACAGAAAUUCUACGCUUCUCCAGAUUUCAAGAUCUAAUUACAACUAGUGAAACCCUGUGACCUUAACUAGCACUUAGCACACCUUGGCCACCUUGACCAUGCCCAUGUGAAGACCACUGUCUCUUGAAAGACCCUGUUUUUCUUACCGCUCCCCGCACUCCUCCACUCUCUGAGAGCUGUCUCCCUCAAUCACUUUUCAAUAUUCAAUCUUAAUUUUGUGGAAGUUUAGCAUUUUCAAUGAGCUGGAGAUGAAUGAUUAAUGAAUAAAUUUAAAUGCUUCA